UUCAAAUAAUUGUUUUCGAACAUCAAGCAAAAAGCUCAAUUCCGAAAAUUCGAAUAUUGCGUCACAUUUUUUUCGAAGUCGGCUUCAACCUUUCUCGAUUCUUCUUAUUGCGAAGGAAAAAAUUGUAUUUCUAGACUAACUCACGUGAAUUAAAGAAGUUAAGCAAGUUAAAAGUGAAUAAAAUAAUAAAUUAGAAUGUUGUCAGCUACAAAAUACUUGUUGAAGAACUCAAAUGUCACACAAACUCUAAUGAAUACAAGAAAUCUAUCGAGUUUGAUGAAAAAUAACUUUAAUCAAUUUAAUCGCUUACAAUGUCGAUACAAAUCUGAAGGUGUUAAAGGUGCUGUCAUCGGUAUCGAUUUGGGUACAACAAAUUCAUGCGUCGCAGUAAUGGAAGGCAAACAGGCCAAGGUUAUUGAGAAUGCUGAAGGAUCUAGAACAACACCAUCUCAUGUUGCAUUUUCAAAAGAGGGAGAGAGAUUGGUUGGCAUGCCUGCAAAGCGUCAAGCUGUCACAAAUUCAGCUAAUACAUUCUAUGCUACAAAGCGUCUUAUUGGACGACGAUUUGAUGAUCCAGAGAUUCAAAAAGAUAUGAAAAAUUUAUCAUAUAAAAUCGUUAAAGCAUCAAAUGGUGAUGCUUGGGUUCAAGCUACAGACGGAAAAGUUUAUUCACCGUCACAGAUUGGUGCAUUUGUUUUAGUUAAAAUGAAGGAAACAGCAGAAGCAUACUUAAAUACUCCAGUUAAGAAUGCCGUCGUAACAGUUCCAGCUUAUUUCAAUGAUUCACAACGUCAAGCUACAAAAGAUGCUGGACAAAUUUCUGGACUUAACGUUUUGCGUGUGAUUAACGAACCAACAGCUGCUGCUUUAGCUUACGGAAUGGACAAGAGUGAUGAUAAAAUCAUUGCUGUAUACGAUCUCGGUGGCGGAACCUUUGAUAUUUCAAUUCUCGAAAUCCAAAAGGGAGUCUUUGAAGUCAAGUCCACAAAUGGUGACACAAUGUUGGGUGGUGAAGAUUUCGAUAAUGCAAUUGUAAACUUCUUAGUCGAUGAGUUUAAGAAGGAUCAAGGAUUAGACAUCCGAAAGGAUGUUAUGGCAAUGCAACGUUUAAAGGAAGCAGCAGAAAAGGCAAAAUGUGAAUUAUCAUCAGCAGUCCAAACAGACAUCAAUUUACCUUAUCUCACUAUGGAUGCUAGUGGACCAAAACACAUGAAUCUUAAAAUGACACGCUCAAAGUUGGAAACGCUUGUCGGUGAUCUCAUCAAACGUACAAUUUCGCCAUGCCAGAAAGCUUUAUCAGAUGCUGAAACUGCAAAGUCAGAUAUUGGUGAGGUUUUACUUGUUGGCGGUAUGACACGUAUGCCAAGAGUACAACAAACAGUUCAAGAUAUUUUCGGUCGUCAACCAUCACGUGCUGUUAAUCCAGAUGAGGCCGUUGCAGUCGGUGCUGCAGUUCAAGGCGGUGUUUUGGCUGGUGAUGUUACAGAUGUUCUUUUACUUGACGUCACACCAUUAUCACUUGGAAUUGAAACACUUGGCGGUGUCUUUACACGUCUCAUUACCAGAAACACAACAAUUCCAACAAAGAAAUCACAAGUAUUCUCAACGGCUGCUGACGGACAAACACAAGUUGAAAUUAAGGUACAUCAAGGUGAACGUGAAAUGGCAUCAGACAAUAAAUUACUUGGAGCAUUUACACUCGUUGGACUUCCACCAGCACCAAGAGGCGUUCCACAAAUUGAAGUAACAUUUGAUAUUGAUGCAAAUGGUAUUGUUCAUGUAUCAGCUAGAGAUAAGGGAACCGGCAAGGAACAACAAAUUGUGAUUCAAUCAUCAGGUGGUCUUAGCAAGGAUGAAAUUGAAAAUAUGAUUAAGAAUGCUGAGCAAUAUGCACAAGCUGAUAAGGUCAAAAAAGAUAGAAUUGAAGCUGUUAAUCAAGCUGAAUCAAUAGUACACGACACAGAAGCAAAGAUGGAAGAAUACAAAGAUCAAUUGCCAAAGGAUGAAUGCGAUAAGUUGCGAGAAGAAAUUUCAAAAGUACGAACAUUACUUGCUGAUAAGGAAAAUGCCGAUCCAGAUCUCGUACGCAAAGAGACUGGCGCUCUUCAACAAUCAUCACUCAAACUCUUCGAAAUGGCAUACAAAAAGAUGGCAUCAGAGCGCGAGAGUUCAGGCAGUAAGCCAAACGAGGAGGGUGGCGAGAAGAAGGAAAAGGAAGAAAAGAAUUAAAUUUAACCAGUCAUCAUAUAUUAUAUUUCCAGUUACUUUAACUAUUGCAUUAAAAAUAUGAUACAAAGAUCAGUUGGAAUAAAAACAUAAUAAUUAGAAUUAAAAGAAAAAUCGAGAACAAUAGACGAUAAAUAAAAUAACAAGAAUAACUGAGAAUCCCUUCAAUUAAAACCAUGUGUGUAUGUAUCUAUUAAUUUCCAAAAGAAAGGAUCGAUCGAUUAGGAUGAGAAUGUGAAGAGUCUGAUAAAUUUUUUAUUAUAGCUAGAUGACUCAUCAAGCCAUCCAACACAAGAUCGAUCAAUUUAGUUUAAUAACUUUUGUUCAAUUUUUCUGAAUGAAAUUCUGUAGAUGAAUAGUACGAUUGAGUUAUGUUUAAGGAAAAAAUUUUUAUUAAACUUUUUCUAAAAUGUGUAAAGGCAUGGCUAGAAGAUGACCGAAAAUAAAGUUUAUCAUGUAUACAUAAGGAACUUAAAACUUUUUUUUUUACUGCUUACAAAACCCUUUUUUUUAAUGCCCAUUCUCGUAACUUAUUUAUGAAUGAAUGAGAAUUGCUUAAUAAGAACAAAUUGAGUGCUUUAUACGGCGCUACACUUAAAGAUUUGUAGGAAAAGAAAUAUUAUUUGAUGAUUUGAUUAUCACGAUUCUCGGUUGUCCAGGGAGAUUAUGUAAUAAAUCGGAAGUAAAUUAGCAAUUAAUGUAGUUUCACUGUCGUUAUCAUGACGAAAAAUCUGAUGAAAGUUUAUCAUUGUAAAUAUAGAAUUAAGUGGCUCUGCUGACUAAUUAAAAGGUUCUUGAUGAUUGUUUUUGUUGGAUUUUUAUCGAUUAGUGAUCAUUUUAAAGGCUCAAGUGUCAGUAAAUCUUUUAAAUUGAAACGGAAAUUUCAGAUUCAAAAUUUUAACGGUUUUCAUAGUUUCAAAUAUUCCAUUGGAAACUGGAAACAUUCCAGUAAUUCAAAUUUAAACGGUUUUUAUGAUUUCAAAUACUCUACUGGAAACUGAAAAAAUUUCAAGAAUUCAAAUUUAACGAACUUUUAUUUUCCAAUUUUUUAUUGGAAAAAGGAACUUUCAAAAAUUUAUAUUUUAACGGUUUUCGCACUGGAGACAGAAAAUAUUCCAAUAAUUUGGGAACGAACGUGUAAAUUCGAUGAAAGAAUACAAAAGCUCAUAUUGGC